GAAGAAAUCAGAUUCAGACUUCUUAUUCGAGUUUUUUAUCACAUAUUCAAAUUUUUUGUUAUAUUUGACAAUAUAAGGCAUAAUAUAUAGAAAUACAAAAAUGCUUUCGAAAUAAUAUAGGAUCUAUAACGUCAAAUAAUCUGUCUAAUCUUGUUUAUUUUCGUUGAUAACGCACUUGGAAAUAAGAUAUGUGGCAAGACUGACGGCGGUUGUCAUGUUAUUACACGUACACAUUAUCCGAUAUCGCAUCGGACCGCUAUGCUGUGCGAGGAUAUAAUUGACGCGAUUUUUGACAGCUGACAGCGGAAUAAUAUUUCGAUAAUGCCAGGCGACGCGCCGCCCUGACCCUCGCGAACUGCAGGCUGAACUCGAGCAGAGAUGCAAGGAAUUUGUGAAAAUAUUCGCACGGCGAUCGAACACGGACGUACUGACAUUAUCAGAUCACUCUUGGAAGCGUGUGAGAAUGGUAAUACGGCAGAAGGUAUUACAAGAGAUAAAAUAUUAAACCAACCGGUUUUGGAAGAAGGAACUUUCCUAUCAUAUGCUUCAAAGACCAAUCAAGCAGACAUUGUGCGGACUCUCUUAAAUUGCGGUGCUGAUCCGGCUGUACAGAAUGUAAACGGGCACAAUGCAGUAGAUGUUGCCUCGAGUGAUGCAAUACGACGUAUUUAUAUAGAGGAACUGUUGAGAGCAACAGCUGCUUCUGAGAUAGAUAGAGUGAUACAAUUGUUAGAUGCUGGAUUAGAUGUUAAUUCAUGGGACUCACAGGGUAGUAAAAAUACACCAUUGCAUUGGGCAGCAUGUUACGGAAACAAAGAAAUUAUCGCAUGUUUGCUUGAUAAAGGAGCUGAUGUAAAUGCCGAAAAUGGUUGCGGCGCGACGCCGUUACAUGAUGCAGUGAAUCGUGGUGAUGUCGCUAUCUGUCAAGAACUUUUACAAGCUGGUGCAAAUCCUCACAUACGAGCUAGUAAAGGAACGUUUGCGGGGAAAACACCGUACGAUCUUUCGAGAAAGAAACAAUCUCUUCAUUGUUUCUUUCAAAGAUUUCUAUCAAAUUUUUUAUUGAACGAGAACGAAACUAUGCACAGUCCCACAUCAUCAUUCACGGAGACAAACUUUGGUCAAAAGAGUCUCACGAACAAUAUGAACCAAUUGUCAGUCGAAUCUAACAAAUCCUCGGAUCCGGUGUACGAUGUGCCUUCGCGGGACACGGGCACAGAGAGUCCUAGCAAGUCUAACACUGAUAAAGGAAGCAUAUAUAAUUUGUUAUGGCCACAGCCAAAAGCUGUGAUUGAACUGAAAAACUUUACUGCUCCAUUUAUUGCCGGAAAGGAGCUUUUUAUAUCUAUAAUACAAGGCAGUGAGUCUGUACAUAAAAUAUUAGACGUGUGGGAAAUCAGUAGAACUCAUUUACUCGAAUUGGGUCACGAUGUAAAGAUUGGAGAAGUGCAACCUAGUUGCGGUAAACUGCUCAACGACAAUACAAUAGAAUGCAUUGUGAAUAACAACCUAUUUAAUAUUACAAACGGCUAUCAGUUGCAUAUUACGCAAAACUUCAUUAAAGUGAGCGCCGGAAGUUUAGCAGGAUUGCAUUAUGCAGUCUGUACGUUUGUACAGAUUCUACGUCUAAGUAAGAAUCGGAAUAGAUCGGAGUUGUGCGAAAUCGAACCCGUCUUUAUAAAAGACGAACCGAGAUUUACACAUCGCGGUAUACUGUUGGACAUCUCGCCCAGAGGACGUAUACCGACUUUGGAAUACCUUCUACACAUUAUUGAUUUAUUGUCGUCGUUUAAAGUAUCACAUUUGCACCUCUACUCCAGACUUAUACCGAAUUGUGAUUGGCAGCUCUGCUACUCUAAAUCUGAAAUGGUAACUUUGGAUAGAUAUUGCAGAGAUCGGCAUUUAGAUAUAGUACCCACAUUGGACGUCGAUUCAAAUGUCGGCCAGCAUCAUUUGACGCAAAUGUGGCCUAUAUUUCAAGAAUUACUUGCGGUAUUUCCCAGUUUGAGUUACGUUCAUGUCGGUCCGCGAUUGGCGAGUUUAUUGGUACAAGCUGACAAUUUUGAUUUGAAUGUAUCUGUUAACGAUACGAUCGAAACAGACAUGUCAGAAGUAUUCAAGUCCUAUUCGUGCCUUCAAGAACUGUGGCAUAUCCUCAAUUUAAGCGCGAACACAACUCUGCUAUUAUGCUCCAAUGGCUUACAUUCUAAACCUGAAUUCCACAAUAUUCCCACUAAUAUUAUACUUGUUGAAUAUGGAUUUCAGGCUGAUUAUGAUUUCUCUGAAUGGACAGAAGCGUUCAGAAUCGCAGGCGGUAAUGUUUUACCAAGUUCUGGCACAGCUAGUUACAAUAGUUUGGCAGGAUGUCCGGCAUCAACAUAUGCUAACACAAGGAAUGCGAUAAAGACUUCUUUAGAACAAAACUCAAUCGGUGUUGUUGUCGCACACUGGUCGGGUAGUCAUCAUCUUACGCCGCAUCCUUUCGCAUGGAUCGGAUAUUUAGUGGCAGCUGGUUUAGCUUGGAACCCAAUGACAGAAAUAGACUUGGGUCCUGAUGACAAUUAUGACAUGCCUGAAUUAUCUGCAUCAAUUAGAGAAAAAUGUAUCACGAAAUUAUUAGACAUACACGUGUUUCAAGAUUCGGAGUUUAAAAUUGGUAGCGCGAUACUGGAGUUAGGCCGUUUGGACACAUUGGUAUUAACAUUAAGCAAAAAUCAAGCAAUUAAAGAUCUUCAACAAAUACCAGAUAAUCGUGGUUCUACAUUGUAUAGAUUAUUAACCGAUCCAGAUAAUGUGACUCUAGAGUAUCUUUCAGCUGAUCUAUUUGCUAAAAUGACAAAGCAAAUUAAACGAAUAUCCCAUUCCUUGUACGAAGCGAACUUGUCCUCCAAGUUUGCGUCAAUGGAGAUACAGGAAUUGCAACUGACGUCCGAUCUGAUGCUAACGGCCUGCAAAAUUGGCAGAACGUUGAUUGGAGUCGGCGUAAAUCCGAAUAGUAACAUGGGGCUUGCAGUCAUCAAUCUAGGAGUAUCUAACCUGCCGCCUACUUUCAGAACUGAUAUAGCAAACAAGAUGUUGGCACAUAUAGAGCAAUACAAAGGUUCUUGGUUGCAAAGGCACUUGCCGCAGGGUCUUCAAAGCUCUUUGUUAGUUUUAACUAAUGCACUGCAUAGAUUUGUGCCAGAGACGUAAUUUUAUUUUAUUUUAUUUUUUUUUUUAAUGAAUAUAUUUUUUACUUACAUCGAGCAUUUUAUAGAACAUAAAUGUUUAUUUUUACAGCGAUUUUUGUUAUUUCAAAUAGUAAUUAAUAAAAGACUGCAAUGUGCAAAUAUAUAUGAUAAAUGAAAUAUAGGACUUCAAGAUAAAUUGAAGAACAUUGGGUGCAUUCAGAAGUACAACCGCUCACUGAGUGGCUAAGUAGCACCCUUUGAGAGCAAUAUAUACUUGGACCUUUAUAUAUUAUCAUACUGAUUACUAUUAUUCAUUCAUUACGUGAUCAUUUGUUGAUAUCUAAUUUGUUACAUUUAUUAUGCAUAAAGGAAAUAAUAACUUAUUGAGAAAGCAAUUUUAUUU